AUGAUGAAAAUAGUACUUCUUAUUAUUUGCUUGGCUUCAAUAAUUCAUAGUUCGCAAGUACCAGAAAACUUAGAAGAAAUUUAAAUGAGAGUCGAUAGAACAGUCAAAUAAGUUGAAUAAUCUGCUGAAGCAAUUAAAAAACGAAUUCUUGAAUAGGAAAUUGAAUCAACCCAAAAGAAUCAAGAAACAGAAGAUAUUAAUAAUUAAGUUAAAGUAAAUGUAGAGUAAAGUGAAUAUCAAUAGGAAAUUAAUAUCCAAUAAGAGAUUGAACAAGAAAUUAUUCAAUCAUAAUAAACUAAUAAUGAUGAUGUUGUAUCUUAAGUUGAAACAAUCAUAACUUCUGAUACUAAUUAGAAUAUCAAUUAAAAUAGUGAAUCUUAGGAGAAUCAAACUUAAGAUUCUAACAAGGAAGAAUAAUAAGAAGAUGAUUUAUGCAUCUCUUAAAAUUGUUCAUAACAGAAUGAAUAAAAUGAUAAUACACAAGAACAAUAGAAUUAAUAAUCAAAUGAGGAUUAGGAAAACAAAAAUGAUUAAGAAUUAAAUUAAAUUCCAUAAGAUGAUGGAACAAUAGAAGAAGUGAUAUUAAAUGAUGAAAAGAAGGAAUAAGAAAUCUAAGUAGAUUAAGUUAAAGUGGAAUAAGAAUAAGUUUAAGAAUAAGUAUAAGAAUAAGUAUAAGAAUAAGUUUAAGAUUAAGCUUAAGAAUAAGAAUAAGAAUAAGAAUAAGAAUAAGUAUAAGAAUAAGCUUAAGAAUAAAAAUAAGAAUAAGAAUAAAUUUAAGCUUAAGAAUAACUAUAAGAAUAAGAAUAAGAAAUUUAAGUAGAUUAAGUUAGAGUGGAAGAAUAAGAAUAAGAAAUUAAUAAUGGUUAAGAUAAUGAAUAAACAUAAGAGUAACAUUAACAUCAUGAACAUCUACAUGUAGAAAAUGUUGAACAUGUACAUACUCAUGAACAUCAUGAUCAUAGUCAACACAAUACACAUGAACAUGUCCAUAAUCAUGAUCAUACACACCAUCAUACACAUGAACAUACUCAUGAUCAUACACAUCAUUAUCAUUAUUAAUAUGAAGAAUAAACUCAUACAGGUUAAAAUUUAUAAAACGGAUGGUAAGUUCAAUUAAGUUUUGUUCCUAAUUUUUGUGAGAUUAAGUAAAAAAUUAUUAAAUUUUAAAAUCAAUUACCAACAUUAUUAGGAAAAUAUCUUCCUAACUCAAAAUAGGAUUAAGUAAAUUAUAGUGUUUUAAUUGUGUCAUUCCCUUCAUUACCUAUAUUUUUAUUGCUUUUAAUUGUAAUAAUUCAAUAUUAUAUUAUAGACCGUUGGAAUUAGAAAUAGAGGAACAACAAUUUAAUAUAUGAUAGCAUUUUCAUUUGGAACUAUGUUAGGAGAUGUAUUUUUCCAUAUGUUACCAUAAAUCUUAGGAACUCAUUCUCAUGAUCAUCAUAAUCAUGAUCAUCAUGAAGAUCAUCAUCAUGAACAUGAGCAUGAUAAUCCUUAAAUUUGCUUAAUUUUAGGUGGUGUCUUAUUAUUUGCAUUUGUUGAUUUGUUUAUUAUUAAAUUGAAGAAUUUAAGAGGAAAAAGAGAUGAAUCUCAUGAUCAUGAACACAAUAACUCAAUUAUUGUAUUUUUAUUUGGAGACUUUCUUCACAACUUUACAGAUGGUAUUGCAUUAGCAGCAACUUAUUCUAUCAGUUUAGCAUCUGGAAUUACAACUACAAUAGCUAUAUUUAUGCAUGAAAUUCCUCAUGAAGUUGGUGAUUUUGCAUAUUUAUUAAAAUAAGGUAAAUGUGUUUUCGUUAUUCUAUCUACUUAAAUCUUCACAUCUUUAGGAUGUUUAGCAGGAGGAUAUGUUGGUAAUUUUUAUUUUUAAAUCUAGGAUUACACUUUGCUUAGACCUUUUAAUAAGAGCUAUUAUGUCUAACUUGUGGAAGUUUCCUCUAUGUAGCAUUAGUUAAUAUCUUACCAGAAUUGAAAUAAUCAUUCUCAUAUAGACCUAAAUUAGAAAGAUUGAUUAUAAAUCUAAUUUCUAUUGCAGCUGGUUUAUAUUUAAUGAAGUUUGUAGGAUAAUUAGAAUGAUUU